UGCAGCCUUAGCAUUUCUUUAUCUAUGAUCAUAUUUUUUCUCAGGUUUGUUGAUAAGUCUGUGCAUAUGUUUGAUCAACGUAACCUAACUUCUGGUGGUGUUGGUGCACCAGUACACAAACUUGAUGGUCACAAGGUUGCUGUUCUCUAUGUUCAGUGGUUUCUUGACAAAGCAUCAAUUUUUAGAAGAGCUGCUGAGGAUGGCUUCCUCAAUAUAUGGGAUUAUGAAGUUUACAAAUCUCAAGUACUCCAGAGUUGAAAUUGAUGAAGUGCGGUUCGAGUGGGCUGA